AGUCAGUGGGGAAGAAAAGGUCAAUUGGAUACUCAAAUAGGGCAGACAGUAAUGCAUAACUCCCAAUGGGAGGAAGAAAACAGGUGAAAUCAAAGCACCACUAAACAAGGGAUCACACAUGUUUUUGACUCACACAGGAGAGAAACCAUUUGAGUGUCCAGUUUGUGAGAAACGUUUUGCUGUAAAUUACUACCUGGUGAAAUACCAGAUGACUCACACCGGAGAAAAACCAUUUGAAUGUCCUGAUUGUGGGAAAUAUUACAGCCACAAUUUCAAUCUGGUGACACACCAGGGGACUCACACAGGAGAGAAACCCUUUGAAUGUCCUGAGUAUGGGAAAAGUUUAAUUGGAAAUUCCCACCUAGUGAUACACCAGGGGACUCACACACGAGAGAAACCCUUUGAAUGUCUUGAUUGUGGUAAAUGUUUCAGAUCCCAUUCUAACCUUGUGAUACAGCAGAGGACUCACACAGGAGAGAAACCCUUUGAAUGUCCUGAGUGUGGAAAACAUUUCAGUUUCAAUUCCAGUCUGGUUAAACACCAGAGGACUCACACAGGAGAGAAACCAUAUGAGUGUCCAGUUUGUGGGAAAAGUUUUGCUGUAAAUUACUAUCUGGUGAAACAUCAGAUGACUCACACCGGAGAGAAACCCUUUGAAUGUUCUGAUUGUGGGAAAAGUAUCAGUUCCCGUUCUAACCUUGUGAUACACCAGAGGACUCACACAGGAGAAAAACCCUUUGAAUGUCCUGAAUGUGGGAAAAGUUUCAUUGCAAAUUCCCACCUGGUGAGACACCAGAGGACUCACACAGGAGAGAAACCCUUUGAAUGUCCCGAAUGUGGGAAAGGGUUCACUCAGAAUUCCCACCUGGUGAUACAUCAGAGGACUCACACAGGAGAGAAACCGUUUGAAUGUCCUGAUUGUGGGAAAGGUUUCAAGAAAAGUUCUAACCUGGUAAACCACCAGAGGAUUCACACAGGAGAGAAACCGUAUGAGUGUCAACUUUGUGGGAAACGUUUCAUUGCAAAUUCCCACCUCGUGAUACACCAGAGGACUCACACAGGAGAGAAACCAUAUGAGUGUCCAGUUUGUGGGAAAAGUUUUAUUAGAAAUUCCGACCUAGUAAACCACCAGAGGACUCACACAGGAGAGAAACCCUUUGAAUGUUCUGAUUGUGGGAAAAGUUUCAGUUACCGUUCUAACCUUGUGAUACACCAAAGAACUCACACAGGAGAAAAACCCUUUGAAUGUCCUUAUUGUGGGAAGCAUUUCAGUAUAUAUUUCAACCUGGUGAUACAUCAAAGGUCUCACACAGGAGAGAAACCGUAUAAGUGUCCACUUUGUGGGAAAUGUUUCAUUGCGAAUUACAACCUGCUGGCACACCAGAGGACUCACACAGGAGAAAAACCCUUUAAAUGUCUUGAUUGUGGGAAAGGUUUCAGUCAGAAUUCCAAGCUGGUGAGUCACCAGAGAACUCAUACAGGCGAGAAACCCUUUGAAUGUUCUGAUUGUGGGAAAAGUUUCACUUCCCGUUCUAACCUUGUGAUACACCAAAGGUCUCACACAGGAGAGAGACCGUAUAAGUGUCCACUUUGUGAGAAAAGUUUUAUUGUCAGUUCCAACCUGGUGGCACACCAGAGAACUCACACAGGCGAGAAACCCUUUGAAUGUCCUGAAUGUGGGAAAAGGUUCACUCAGAAUUCCCACCUGGUGAUACACCAAAGGACUCACACAGGAGAGAGACCGUAUAAGUGUCCACUUUGUGGGAAAACUUUCAUUGCAAAUUCCAACCUCGCGAAACACCAGAGAACUCACACAGGAGAGAAGCUCUUUGAAUGUGCUGAAUGUGGGAAAAGUUUCAGGAACAACUCUGACCUGGUAAACCACCAGAGGAUUCACACAGGAGAGAAUCCGUAUGAGUGUCCACUUUAUGGGGAAGGUUUCAUUGCAAAUUCCCACCUGAGGACUCACAGGAGAGAAACCCUUGAAUGUCCUCAUUGUGGGAAAUAUUUCAGUCUCAAUUCCAGCCUGGUGAAGCACCAGAGAAUUCAGGAGAAAAACUCUGAAUGUCCUGAUUGUGGAAAAUGUUUCAGUAAGAAAUCCAACCUGGUGAUACACCAGAGGACUCAUACAGGAGAGAAAACGUAUGAGUGUCCAGAGUGUAGGAAACGUUUCAGUUACGCUUCUUUGCUUGUGAAACACCAGAGGACACCAGAGAGAAACUGUAAAGGUAUCCAGAUUUUGGAAAAAAUUUCAAUAUUCAGUCUUGCCUAAUAAAUCAUGUACUUUUACAU